AUGCUGCCAGUUAAAUCUGAAGAUGCAUCGUCUUCAGCUGGUUCCGCUAAAUCUACUCGCAGUCUGCAUGCCCGGAAACAAGAGAAGUCUGACACAAAGCGCAACCGAUGUGUUCUCUGCCACAAGGAUCAUUUCGUAAUGUUGUGUGAGGAUUAUAAGAACAAGAGUGCUCAAGACCGAAAGCAGUUAGUGGAUGUUAACGGACUCUGUUUCAAUUGUCUCGGUCGACACAAGCUGAGCGAUUAUGCCUCGAAGAAGGUGUGUUCCGCCUGCGGCUCCCGUCACCAUUCUUCUCUACACGACGCCUGUCGCGAAGAAAGUAGUAAGACGUCUCUCGUCACUCGAAAAGGACCUGUGAAGUCUACUGUCGUCCUUCUGGCUACGGCUCGGGUACGUGUCGCCGAUCGUUAUGGAGACUGGCAUCAGGCACGAGCACUUGUUGACUCGGGUUCUGAAACUUCAAUCGUCUCAGAAGAGCUCUCACAGACGCUGAAACUACCUCGAUCGGCUUCUUCGGUUACGAUUUUCGGUGUCGGCGGAUCUAAGGCCGCUGUCUCUAAGGGGCGCAUCACGCUGACAAUUUCACCACGCUUUCCUGGUCCUUCCCUGGCGAUAUCUGCGCUCAUUCUACCCCGGCUGACCGCUUACGCUGGAGGAUUCAAGGUUAAUGCGAAGGACUGGCUGCAUCUUCGAGGCUUGGAGCUUGCAGACCCUGAUUUUCACAAAUCGGACUCAGUGGAUAUAAUUCUCAGAGCGAAUAUCUACGCCUGCAUUAUCGUCAACGGACUUCAGCGAGGUGACGUGACUCAACCUGUGGCUCAAAAUACAUCCCUGGGAUGGCUGCUGACUGGCGCCGUUGACUCGUCCGAUCCGCCUCCUUAUCUUUCUCCGCUCGGUCCGUGUCAAGGUUCCUUCAGCUUUCGAUGUCGGAUCGAAGAAGAUCUGAAUAAUAUUGUGCGCCGUUUCUGGGAACAAGAGGAGGUUCCUUCAGCUGCUCCCUCUCUAACCAAUGAAGAGCGUGAAUGUGAAGAACAUUAUGCACGUACACACUUCCGUCAGGCUGAUGGACGUUACGUCGUUCGACUUCCCCUAGUCUCCUCGCAGUUGCUGGAUUUCUCGAGUACUCGUCGUGUCGCCGAGCGAUUACUACGACAGAUGGAAAGUCGCUUUGAACGAGAUGGUCGUUUUCAUUCCCGUUACGUCGAGUUUCUUCAACAGUAUCAAGACCUUGGACACAUGACCCGAGUUUCUGUAGCCGGUUCAGAUUUGGAGAGGGUUUGUUACUUGCCACAUCACGGAGUUCUGCGUGAAUCAAGUCUUAGCACGAAGCUGAGGGUUGUGUUCAACGGUUCGUCCAGCUUGCCCUCUGGAACGUCGUUAAAUCAACUUUUACACGCCGGACCCAGUUUGCUUCCUGCUCUGUUCGAUAUUCUUCUGCAGUGGCGCCGUUAUCGUUAUGUCGUAGUUACUGAUGUGGAGAAGAUGUAUCGUCAGAUCGUUGUCCAUCCUGAAGAUCGUGAUUUACAGCGAAUCCUUUGGCGUUUCUCUCCCGACGAAGAGAUUCAAGAAUUUCAACUGAACACUGUUACUUACGGUCUAGCCAGUGCUCCCUUUUUAGCCAUUCGUACCGUUUGUCAGCUUGCAGAGGACGAAGGUCACCGGUUUCCUCUCGGAGCCGAAGCACUUCGCCGGAAAAUUUAUAUGGAUGACGUCAUGGCCGGUGCAUCCACUCUUGCUGGCGCCCGCGAAGUUGUGCAUCAACUGGAUAGUAUCUGCAAGGCGGGCGGGUUUCCGCUGAAGAAGUGGUCGGCUAACGAUGCUACUAUCUUAGAAGAUCUUCCCGUAGAAGACCGCUUGCAACAGGAACGGUGGUGGCAACCCGGAGAAAGUCAGUCAACGCUGGGGCUUCGAUGGCAUCCGUUUGAUGACAGCUUUUCAUUCAAGGUGGAGUUACCUUCGGUAGAAGUCAUCACGAAACGAAUUGCACUUUCGCUCUCCGCUAAAAUCUUUGAUCCUCUGGGAUGGCUCUGUCCGGCCACCGUUCGUGCGAAGAUUUAUUUCCAGUCGACGUGGCUACUUGGAAUCGAUUGGGACACGCCGCUUACUGGCGAUGACGCCUCGUCACUGGCAAGAAUAUUUUUCGGAAGUCCAUGUCCUGGAAGAAAUUCGAGUUCCUCGGUGGAUGGCGGGCGGGAUCGAAGAGGAUAA